ACAUACUCAGUCACUUGAUACCGUAAAUUUGUUUAUUUUUUAUGCGACUACACGAUUUUUAUAUCAUAUUCUUUUCAAUCAGAAAAUACAAUCAAUAUACACAUUCAAUAAAGAAUCAGAUAUUAAAAUAAGAAUCAUGAGUGAGAUGAUAUAUCCAGAUAGUGUGGAGAAGCCCACUCCGGCAAACCUUCCAGAAUUUGUGCCGUUUGCCUGCGGACAAUUAAGGGCAUCAUUUACUGUAUUGGUCCAGACCAAAAUACAAGACGAAUACGUGAGCAAAGUGGAGGAUAAAACGAAAAAGUUAAAAAAAUCUGUGGCUGUCAUUCAACAAAAAUCUUCAUCAGAGGAACUGGAGCCAAAGAGUGUUGUAAUUGAAUCUGAUUUUGAUGAAGAUGAAAUUAGAAUUACGGCCGUAACAGAUACAGCAACCCAGUUGGUAGGAGUAACAAUUAACCGCUGCGUAGAAACGCCACGUUUGCUUUUGAAAAUAAUAGGAAUGUGCGUACCAUUUUGUCCGUACUUAAGAACAUUGACACUACAACGCUGCAACCUAACUGGCCCAAUAGUUUAUGAGAUUGCCAAGUUCCUUCCAGAGUCGCAGAUUACAGACGUCAACCUCGACGACUCACCCAUAGCGAGCGCCGAUAGAAACUACUACUUGCUUGUAGAAAGACCUUCAAAACUACGCAGUCUUUCUUUGGCGCGUUGCAGUUUCGCCAACAUUGACUGUGAAUUAUUAUUCGCUCAAUUAGAACAUCCACAUCCCGCUUCUAAAACACUUAUGACGUUAGAUCUCUCCGGCAACUUUAUAUCUGAUACUGGAGCUCACAUCAUAGGUAUCUGUUUACGAAGUAACAGAAGUCUACAAUACCUCAAUCUUUCUGGCAACCAGAUAACUGACGAUGGCGCUGCACACAUAUUAAAUAGUCUCAUCGAGUUUCCAUUAACUGCUGAUGAAAUAUUUAGGAAAAAGAUGCGAUUUAUGGACUAUUUGAGAAUGAAACGAAGCCUAUACGAAAAAUUUUACAAGGAAGUAAGCACCACAAUUGCGGGUAAGAAUUUUGAUGAGUUCAGUAAGGCAAGCAAGAGAAAAGCACCUAUUCAAGUACUUGCAAGGGGAGGCUCGAAAGAGUUGAUAGCCACCAAGGCAGAAAUGUUGACAGAUGAGCUUGUUGGGCGUUACUAUGAUCCCUUUGGUAUAGAAGAGACAGUUUACAGAGACAAAUAUAUAUACUCGAUUGGGAACAUGUCACUCUGUUGUCUGAACUUAGCAUACAAUAAUUUGAGCUUCUUGAGUAUAAAGAAAUUGUUGCAAUUAGUGAAGUACCAAUACAACUUGUCAAAACAUUCAGGAACAGGGCUGUUGUACGUGCAAGUGGAAGGUAACAAUUUGCCGUUGUGCCAGGAGACUUUUGUUCUUCAGAACUGGUUGGAGCAAGCGGUUCUGAUGCGGACCAUGCGCAUGCAUCCUCCUAAAUCUCCCAAAGGCAGAGGCAAGAAGUAAUAUAACUAUCAUUACCGAUUACCUUUUGCUUUUAACGUAAUGUAUUCUUGUUAAGUUCUUUGAUAAGUUAGAUUAUUUUAUAUAAUUGUUUAAUUUCAUUAGUUAAAUUAAUUUUAUAUUAAUUUUACGUGGUAUUUCUAGGUAUGUACUCAUAUUAGUAUUUGUUAAAAUUAAUAUUGUAAGUUUUAUGUAAGUAUUUAUUAAAAUAUUUAGAGUCCAUUUGAGUUCAA